GCGCCAGUCGCUCGCCGCCCGUUGAGCGCAUGCACAGUACUAUCGGAGGCGGGAGAAAAUAUCGCGAAGUUAGUGUCUGAUGUAAGAGAAGUGCAGUGUUUAGUAUCAGGAUAGUGUUGAUACAACUGAGGCAUUGUCUCGCUGUGUUUACGUUUCGUUCAACGAUUGUUCCGCGAACGUUGCGAUUAACUCAGAUCGGCACAACGAAGUACCGAUCUUUGUUUUGAAUAAAAAGUUUUCCUAUGCGGUUCUAUGAAUCGCUAGAUCGGUUAGGUGGCGCAUCUGUUGCGGAACGUAAACACAGUGCAUAUCCCUUAGUUAGCAAAUCACCAGUGUAGCGACUGCGUCAUGGAUGCCAGUGAUAGUGAUGUGCAAAUAUAAGUGCAAGUUCAAAUGCGAACGUCAUGGCGAUGCGACAUGACGCGAUGGAGCCAAGCUUCCUGCCGGCGGAUCCGCCUCCGCCGCCGCUCGCCGACCUCGGCUACCAGCCGCGCUCAGAUCUCGCCACAGAAUACUUCAAUACCUUCAGCCAGAUAUGCGACACAUACCGGCCCGAGUCGGAGGCCAACCUCCGCCAGACCUCCGAUUCAUUACGACUCACCACGCAAAUCCUCGACGGUGGACACGGCGAGUUCAUCAGCACGGACUUUCUAAAUGAUAGAGCGAAACAGGCGCGGAAUGAGUUCGCGGAGUUGUGUGGUGCAAAGGAGACGUUCCAGUUCGGACAGCCGGAUGCGUCCGCGCUGCUACGACAGCGAGCACGCCGACGGUACCACGAGGAGGCGGGCCAUGCGCCGCCGCCCGCCACCAGCCACGAGAGCGGGUAUGGCAGCGAUGAGUUCGGGCACGACUCUCCGAGCCGGUACGCGUCGCCGAAGGGCGCAGGCGCUGGCGCCGCGUACCAGGAGCCGUACUACGCGGCCGGGGAGUGGGGAGCCGGCUACUAUCAGCCGCCCCCGCCCUACCACCACGACCCCUAUGCCACAUCGCCAGGCAUAGCGGGUAGCGGUGGGGCAGGGGCGGGGUCCGGUGCGGGCGGGGGUGGGGCCGAGGGCGCCGGGGCGGCAGGCGGUGCCGAGCUACCGCUGCCGCCCAUGUCCUCGUUCCGGGCCGCCGCGCCCGUGCACUCGCCCACAGACACAAUGCUACUCACAAAGCCGCCACUACAGCCCAUGUACGGCGGUGCGGCGACAAGCGUAGCGGGUGCGGCGCCGAGCGUAGGGGGCGGGGCGGGAGGCGGGGCGGAGGCGGGCAGCCUGUCUUCCUACGGCUCGUCACCUUCCACGCCGGUGCACUCGCCACCGCCGCUGCACGCGCGCCUCUACCCCCUCAAGCACUCGCCACACCCGCCACACCACCCACACCAUAUGCACCAUCACAAUGGACAGCAACAGACCGCGGGGUGGGCGGGCGUGUCGUCACCGCCGGGCGCGGGCGUGGGCAGUGUGAGCGGCGUGGGCGCGGUGGGCGGCGUGGGCGCAGUGGGCGGCGUGGGCAGCGUGCCCAGCGUGCUGCCCAACGGUCACCCACACCACGUCGCCGUGUUUCCGCACAAUGUUAUGGGCGUGUCCGCGCCGGCGGAGCAGCGGCAGCUCGACGAGGCGAUGGUGUUCCUCCGCGACCACUCCGACAUCGUAGGUGCGAGGAUGGAGGAGAGGCUAGAUGAUGCUAUUAAUGUGCUGCGCAACCACGCGGAGGCACCGGACAUGUACCCGCACGAUGUACACCACCAGACAACGACAGCGAGUAGAGUGGGGGGCGUGGGCGUGGGGCACGCGGCGGAGCCCCCCGUCAAGCUGGAGCGACAUCUGCUGCCCAACACAAAGAAGCGCAAGGAGCCGCCGGACGCGGUGCUGGAGGCCAAACCCUCUUCCUCUUCAGCAGCAGCGGCAGACCUCGCCAAGCCACCCAACAAGCGCUCCCGCAGAUAUGUUGCUAGCGGUGUUGUGGCGCGCAGCUGCUCCUCCGCGGACGAGGAGGACGUGGACCCCGACACGAAGGCGGCGCGCGAGAGAGAGCGCAGGCAGGCCAACAACGUGCGCGAGAGGAUAAGGAUACGUGAUAUAAACGAGGCGCUGAAGGAGCUGGGCCGCAUGUGCAUGACACACCUGAAGAGUGACAAGCCGCAGACCAAGCUGGGCAUACUCAAUAUGGCUGUUGAGGUCAUCAUGACACUCGAGCAGCAAGUCAGAGAACGCAACCUGAACCCGAAGGCGGCGUGUCUGAAGCGGCGCGAGGAGGAGAAGGCGGAGGAGGCGCCCAAGCUGCUGCCCGCCCCCCUGCACCACUACCAGCCCAUGCCGGGCAUGGGUCCACUCGGCGGGCAGCCCCCCAGCGGCGCGCCCCCGCAAUAGCGACGCGUCGCCCGCCCCUGCGCCCGCCCCUGCGCCCCGCACUGACACAAGUGAUCGCCCACCGCGCCCUCGGGACCGCCCACACACGCCCACACCGCGCCCACACUGGCUACCUCACGAAAAAUGCUACAGUCAUCAAAAUUUCCUAUUUAUCUGUCUAAAACGAUCUAAAUUGUACUCAUGUAUGUUUGGAGUAUGUAAAAUUAAAAUCCUUUAUCUCGAGGUAAAUUUUUCACGAACGAUUUGUUUCCAAAUUUUUCGGUUCUUUGAUGUAAAUAUUUAUCAAAACUUCGUUUCUAUUCGAAAUCUUUUAUAUCGUACUAUCUUUGUUAGCUACCUAAUCGUUUGUGUGAAAUUUACCUCGACUUGACUGACACCCCAGUGAUUGUGUGAGGUAGAUAAGUGCGAAAUGUGCUGUGGUUAAAAUUAAGGGGCGGCGUCUGCAAGAUGCCCCGCCCCCUGCCGCCUCGGCCACGCCCCCGACCACGCCUCGGCGAGGCGAUCCUCCCAAAGAGUGUGGUGAAGCAGUGCGCAGCUAAGAAGUGCGCAGUUAAGCAGUGCGCAGCUAAGCAGUGUCGGACUCUGUAGCUAUAAGUGUGUAUAUUAUUAGAGGUAGAGAUAGUUUUGUAUGCCCCGGCCCGGGAUAAGAGAGAAUCGAAACGGAAUUGUAAAUUACUAGCCUAGGACGUAUGUAUAGGUAUUAUAGUGUAAUUGAUAAAUAUAUAAGAAAAAAAGAUAUUUUUAAUUACGAUUUAAAAAUGUUUCGUUUCGCUGCCAUAUGCAUAGGUGAGUCUGUUAGUGGGUUUUAUUGGUGACGCCGACAUCUGUACUGUUCCUCGACAAUAUUGCGGGAGUUUCAUUUUAUUCAAUUAUUAUACGAGUUUUUAAAUUAUGGACGCGUUUAUCUCGGCGAAAUUCCACACGAUUUGCGAUUUUAAAAUAUUCGACUAGCGAAGAAAACAACUUGACAAAUGACGUCAUAAAACUGAGUUUAUUGAAGUGAAUCGUGUGGUAAUUUGCGUCCGGUCGUUAUAUAAAUGCGUGUUCGCGAGCGGCCAUAUUAUUUAUUACAUGCAUUUAUAAAGAACGACCAAACAACGGCUGCUAACUUAAGAAUGUACUUAAGAGAUUGUUCUCUUUGUACCGAAACUCCAGUGAAACUUUAUUGGUUUGACUUAGUUUCUACGCUCGGACGUAGUUUUAUUUUUUAUUUUUAUAUACUUUUAUUUUUAAUUCGGUAGCUAUUUGUUUUAUCAAGUACUUAUGUAACUGUGAUCGACGCCCACAAUAUUUACUACACGGAAAUUAAAUUUUAUAUACGUUAGAUUUUUGAUUUUGAAUGUAUUGUUUUUUGUGUAGUAAAUGUUGUCGCAAUGAAGUUAUUUCGACAAAAUAAUUUUCAUGUUCAUAAUUCGAUCAUGAAUUUAUAUUUAUUACUGUAUUUCCAUGACAAUCGCCUAAUUGAAUAUUUACUUAUUUACAUAUAUUUAUAUAUAUGCUGAUUUGAAAGAAAUUAUUUUUCCUCAUGUCUUUUAUGAAAUGUGAGUUUAUAAAAAUAAUCGGGUGCUUUUUGGCCUAAUCUCACAGUUUAUGACGCAUGUGGUUAUUUAAUUUUUUUCAUAUGUUAAAAAUCAAAAAGACAGUUUUGAUUAUUUUCGAUUUCAAAAUGUGCGCUUUCUUAUUGCUAUUAAAUUUGAUUAUAUUACGAACGAAGCGCACUCAAGGUUAUUAAUUUCUCUGAAGCUCAAUGUUGGAAUGCACAUAUUUUCGUAGGUAUUUAAUUUGUGUUUACAGUACUGUUGUGGCGCGAAAUUUGUUUCAAAGUAUAUAGAAACAAUUACAAUAUGUACUAGAUAAGUAAUCGCUAAGAUUAUGAGGAAAGUACAAUAUUGCUAGUUGUUUCGUGUUGGAGAACUGUAUUAUAUAGCGUAAGUUGACUGCGACGUGCUCCGGCCAACAACCCCCGGAGCGGGGGUGAACUCCCCCUUUUGUACUUUUCGUUAUAAAUUUUAAAAAAAAUUCUUAUUGAAAGUUCAAAAUAUUUUUUUAGUAUUUCGUAUUGUAGUUUGUAAGCCACUUAAUUACUUGCGACUCUUUAGUUUAGCUUAGUUGACUUUCUCUUCCAUCUAGAUUUUAAUUUAAGUUUUUUUUUUAUAUAAUUAUAAUGAUUUGUUUGAACGCACGAUGCGACAAUUAAUCGGUACAUGUGAACGUGUAAUUUAUUCGCAAUAUUGAAGCUCAGAUUUUUAAGAAACCGAAGGUAUUUUUUUCUGUUCUGUUGCAUUGAUCCUGGAGAUUGUGUACAAAACGAGGCUUAUUUGUUAAUUUUUGUUUAUUCUUCUCUGUUUGUCCGCUGCCACCGGCGCCCCCUCUGUUCAAAUGCAUAGUUUAAAAUGAUGUAAUUAAACAAGAAAGCUCUAAUUAUAAAAAUGAAUAAUAUUAAUUAAAUAUAAAUGUGCCAUUCAUUUUGCUA